AUGGACGCCUCCUCCCUCCGCAUCUCCAAGUUCGAUGGAACUAACUUCCACGCCUGGAAGUUCAAGAUGCAGAUGGUGCUGGAGGAACGGGACCUAUGGGAGGUCGUCAGCGGUGAGAUCAAGGCGGAACAGUGCGAGACUCAGUUGGACCAAGCGACGUACAAGAGGAAGUCAAGAAAGGCGAUGGCAGUGAUCUGUCUAGCCAUGGAAGAUUCCCAGCUACCGUUGGUCCGGUCGGCAAGUGGUGCAUGCGACGCAUGGUCAAGGUUGGAAGACCACUUCGAGAAGAAGAGUCUUGCCAACAAGCUGUUCUUGCGCCGUCGCUUCUUCACGACAAUGAUGGAAGAAGGCGACGAUGUGCUCGAACACAUCAACAAGCUCAAGACGCUGGCGGAACAGCUAGAAGCGGUGGGGGCUCCAGUCUGCGAGGACGAUCUGGUGAUCACACUCCUCGGCAGCCUGAGUGACUCGUAUCAAUUCUUGAUCACAGCUUUGGAGUCGCGCUCAGACACUCUUAGCUGGGAGCUCGUGACGUCUCGACUGCUUCAUGAAGAAAUGAAGCGGAAGGAGCAAGGAAGUAAAGGUGAUGAAGCUUCGCAAGGUCAAGCGUUCAUCACAAGGGACAAUCAGCGCAAAGGGCGACCAGUGAAGAAGUCCUGGCCGUGCCACAAUUGCGGAAAGAUUGGUCACUGGAUGGCGGAGUGCCCCUCGCGCAUCCAAGAAAACACGGAGAGACACCGGCCACAGCGUGCUCAAGACAGCGGCGACCGCUAUCGAUCACAACGUGCAAACGUCGCUCAAGAAGAAGACUCGGGCGACUACCUCUUUUCGAUCGGUGAAACGACAUCUGCGAAAUCGAGCGACAUCUGGCUGGUCGACUCCGGGGCGACGCAGCACAUGACGUGCUCCAAGAAGUUCAUGCGGAACUACAAGGGGUUUGACGCUGUGGAUGUCCAUCUCGCGGAUGAUGGAAUCGUCCAAGCAAUCGGCAGUGGGGACAUUGUCAUGUCGAUGAAGACACCCCAAGGGAUGAAGAAAAGUGUGCUCACAAACGUGUGGCACAUCCCAAAGUUAUCCAGAAACCUGUUCUCGGUCGGCCGCUUCACCAAGGAUGUCGGCCCAGUGACGUUCACGAAGGAUGGGUGCUAUGGAGAAGCGAAAGGGACCAAGUGGAAAAUUGGUGCCCGUGAAGGUAAAGGACUGUUCAAGCUGCAAAUGACUCCAGUGGCGCCGGAACAAGCAAAUGCAGCCAAGUCGUCGGGAUGUCAAGGGGGCACCAAGUCGUACCUCUGGCACCUUCGGCUUGGCCACAUAGGUCACGAUGGACUCAAUUGCAUCGUGACGAAGAACAUUGGAAUUGGCAUCGACAUAUCUUCGGUGAAGAAGUGGGACGUGUGUGAAGGUUGUGCUCUGGGAAAACAGACUCGAGUGCGCUUCCAAUCAAACACUACAGCUCGCACCUCCAAACUCCUCGAAGUGAUUCACAGCGACGUAUGCGGACCAAUGUCGAUGGCAACUUUCAGUGGAAAACAGUACUUCGUGACAUUCAUUGAUGACAAGUCAAGAUACUGUUGUUGA